AUGCUUUCCAACAACUACAUCCAAGUGCUCCACAUCCUUGAAACUGAGGCUGCGGAACUGGCGCAUGACCUUGAACAAUUCAACCUGACGGAAUCUGAUUUGGAGGCAACGUGGGUGAACCAAGCUAGACAUUUCAAGGAGCUGGGAAAAGAAACCCUUGGAAUGAUCUUAUACAACAUCCGCAUUCAAGAGCCCGAAGAUUUUGAGCAGCUACCACCCCAUUCCUCUACUCCUCGGGGCUAUCCAAAACUCGUUGUCGCUUUCUUGGAGAAGAAGCGAGACAAUGUCUUGUGGGAGAUCCUCCAGAUGGAGAGUCAGAUGGAUGUUACAGCGGCAAUGGACCCUCUGGACUCUGAGUACAAGGUGGCCCUCAAGUAUGACUGA